AUGUUUUAUUUUCUCCUUCUAUGUCUACCUGAUUUUAUUAUUCUGAUGAUUUUACAAAGAUUCAGUUUACUGAAGUUACUGGAAUUCUCAUUGAUCUCCAGCAGAGCCAGACAACUCGUUAGAUCGCUUAACUUCACAUCUGAACCGAUUGAAGUAUACAUUGGGGACUACGAAAUCAGCAUUAUGAUUUAUGGGAAUCAGUGGGAGAUGAGGUUUUCAUUCUAUAAGAGACAAUACAAUAGUAAUAAUCAGAUAAAAAGAAAAUUGUCUCCACCAAGAUUUGCUGACGUCAUAAUCAACAAUAAGAGGUACAAACUACACAAAGAGGAGUUCGAAAUGAAGGAUUGGCUAGAUCAUUUACUAUCAGUGUUCAAUUGUUCAAAAAUCAAGAAAUGUAAAUUAGCAACCAACCAAUAUGAUAUAAGCUCUCUGGAAAAAACAUUUGAUGGAGUAGACACUGUUGCUCUUGACUUUUUUGAGUUCUCUGCUGAGGAUGUUAAAGGAAUUUGGAAUGCAUUCAAAACUUGUGAAACUCUAGAUAUCAAUCGAUUUGUGUACAAGGGGAAUGAAGAGAAGAUUCAAAAAAUCUUGAUGAGAAACUAUACGACUUUGAGGUUUUUCGAAAAUACUACACUGUCAUUGGAUGAUUUGUUGACGAUUAAUAGUUCUCACGCAAUGUUUUUCCCGGCUUCUUUUACGGAAAAAGUGUUGAAUCGAUUCCUGAAACAUUGGAUCAAAGGAUCGAACCCUCGAUUAGAAAGUGCUGAUUUUGUAUGUUACUUGGAACACAAUUUUGAAUUAAAUCUAUUAUUGAAAGGAAUAGAUCAUAAGGUAGAAGUGAUAAACCAUUUGAUAUUCGAUGAUGAUGAGGAUGAGGAUGAAAUGGAACCAGACACUGAACACGUCAGAAUUGAAAUUAAAAGAUGGGAUGGUACAGUUGCGACAUUGGCAAUUGAAUCAGUCAGGAAGUUUGCAUCAAUUUGGAUGACUGUUCGAUAA